GUCACAGUGACGCGUGCGGGUCACAGUGCUUUACGUCACGUCUGCGGACCCGCCAAUUUCGAGCUUCCACUGAAACACACCGGCGGCUGAUUAACACCAAAAACAUGUGGAAUGACAUUGAGCUAUUAGCAAAUGACGACACUGGGAGUUGUCGACUGAACAUUGAUUCACGGCAGGAAAGUGGAACAGCUUUGUACCAAGUGGAUACCCUACUUAAAAUUUCUUCCCAUGAAAAGAUCCAAUGCAACCCACAACUGUUUGCCUGCAGUUCUAAUGAAGGAUGCGUAAUUGUUGCGGACAGAUCAGUAUCUCUUCUUGACAGCAUUUGCCAAUCUCUACAGCUUCAGCUACAGUUUGAUACUGAAGUUGAUGUUGUUGGCCUGUGUCAUGAAGGACAGUUUCUUUUGGUUGGAGAGAGAAAUGGCAAUAUUCAUCUAAUUCAUGUAUUAUCCAGACAAAUCCUGAUUACUAAACCUUUGGUCCCGAAUGGAUCAAAAACCAAUGAACAGACAUAUCAAAAGCUGUUACUGGAAAGGGAUUCUUCAGAUGAAGGUGUCUAUCACGUGUUUGUUUUGACUAAUGGAGGCCUUUACUGUAUUAUGUACUUCCACCUUGCACAAAUUAAUGAAGCAAUUGAAAAUAUGGACUUCAGUUCUUCAAAGGAGUUGGAAGGGAAAAUCAAGACCUGCUUUAUCUCUACAGAGCAGUAUCACACCAGUGGCUGCUUAAAUUUGGUGAUUGGCGAUCUGAUGAGUGACAUCCAUCUUAUCAUAGGGGGUAAAGGAGAUUAUGUUCUCUCCAAAUGGAAAAUGGAUCCAAUAAAAAAGCACAUAGCUCUACAAGGUCUUGCUGAUUCAAGCAUGAUACAAGGCGCAAAGAAGUUUCAGGUUUUAAACAAUCUACUGUUUGUGUUGGAUGAAGAUGAUAUAUUGAGUGUUUGGGAUGUAUACACUUUAGUAAUGGUAUGGGAUUGGACUUCGUGUAGAAUAUCAGAUUUUCUUCUAUCAACAGAAGGAGAUUCUUUGUCUUCUGUAUCCCAGCAAAGACAUGCAAACCUUAAACUCGUUGCAUUAACUGUUCCAAAUACCAAGCAGAUGAGAAAUUUAACAGUUUACUCUUUGCCUGCCAUGAACCUUUUGUAUUCCAUUGAAGUUUCUGAUUUAUCCACACUUGUGCAAACUGGAAUUAAUAUGGAUACCAUAUAUCUUCUAGAAGGAAUUUAUGACAGCCAUGAAAGGACUCCUGACUGCACAGUGUCUGUACUUGCCUUAAGAUGCUUAACAGAAGCCUUGCCAGAAAACAGGUUAAGUCGUUUACUUCACAAACAUAGGUUUGAAGAAGCUGAGAAUUUUGCUAUUCAGUUUGGAUUGGAUGUUGAACUCGUUUAUAAGGUAAAGCUAAAUAUUGUAUUAGAGAAAUUGGCUUCAGCGUCAAUUGGAAGCUACGGACAAAUCCUUUGGCAGGAAAUGGUUGAUGAAGCAAAAGCGAACCUCCAAAAAAUAAAGGAUGAUAAUUUUGUUGUUGAGUAUUGCAUCAAUGCCCCUUGGCCAACAUAUGAGACUACUCUGGAUAUGCUAAAUUAUGCAAAGGCAAGAAUUCUGAGGAAGGAGGAGAAGACUCUUCCAGCAUCGUCAGAUGACCUUCAGGUGUCUAUUACUGAUGUACUAAGAGCCCAGGCAAGACUUACUACUUUUUAUAGUGCCUUUGGAGCAGAGAAAUUCAGUGGCAUUGCCUGGACAGAGUUUUUAAACAACGAAGAUAUUUUGAAGGACAUCCUUUUUCAAUUAGAAGAGAUUAAUCUACCUUGUGCUCAGUAUCUUUGGCUGAGACAUCAGGGAGAGUUUGAAAGCAAAUUUGAUGAAAAAAUGCUGGAGAUCCUCCUUAAUACAAUACCUGCAAACAUACCUUCACAUGAAUUGUGUCCGUGGUUCAAAAACAUCUUGAUUCCCUUUGUAAGAAGGAUUGUUCCAAAAGGGCAGAGGAUCAUCACAAAGUGGUUAGAGCACAGAGCGCGAGGCCUAGAGCUGACUGACAAGGCUAACUGGCCAGAAAAUGGAUAUGAAAUGGCAGAAGUAUAUUUUGUUUCCAAGAAUCCAGGAGAACUUGGUUUAGCUUCAUCUUGGCUUUGGAUCCCAUUGAAGGAAGAUGGUGAUUGUGAGGAAGUACAACAGUUAAUGAAGCUUGUGACUAAUCUUCAGGAGUUGGUUGAAUUAUACAGGAAGUAUAACUGUAAACUUGUACUUUCAGACUUUGAAAAGGAAACUACAGUCACAAUUGUGUUCCGUAUGUUGGAUAAGGUUUUGGCUCCGGAACUUAUUCCAUCCACUCUGGAAAAAGUUAUUCGCCCCUACAUGUAUCAGCACAACCUCCAAGAGGAAGAACUCUUGCUUCAAUAUAUUAAGGAUUUACUGGAACGCUGCAGUUCACGUUCUGCAUCAUUAUUUGAAACAGCCUGGGAAGCAAAAGCAAUGGCAGUGAUUAGUUGCAUGUCAGACACAGAUCUAAUAUUUGAUGCUGUGCUUCAGAUAAUGUAUGGUGCUGUUGUGCCAUGGAGUGAUGCAGUUGAGCAACUUGUAAAGCAACAUUUGGAAAUGGAUCAUCCAAAGGUCAAAUUACUGCAAGAAAGUUACAGGUUGAUGGAAAUGAACAAGCUUCUGCGUGGUUAUGGAAUAAGGGGAUUUAACCUUGCAAAUGAAAAACAGAUAAUGAGUUUAGUGAAAUACAUUCUUAAGCAAGAUUCCCCUUCGUCUUUGGAGGAUGCUUUAAAGAUUUUCCAAGCAUACAUGUUGCCUUCUGUGGAGGUGUAUAUUAUUAGGAUUGUGCAGCUAAUCUACAUGAACAGGGGAGAUGAUUGUCUGAAUUUACUGAAGUCUCUUACGCCUGCUGAAGCAGAAAUAACCAUUGAAAGGUUAUCAUUAUGGGCAAGAAUAGCCCUACAGGAGAACCUUGGUGGUUCAGACGAGUGCAAAGAAGACCAGAAAAUGAUAGCAAAAACACUUGUAGAGAUUCUUAAAUUCCAAAUGUGUGCUCAAAAUGAGAAUCUUCUGAAAUCUGAACUUUGUGAAGCUAACUUACAGAUGUUUGAAGCAAUCUCUAGUUUACAGGAGGAUUUUGAUAUUUUCCUUUCACUCGAGGAUUAUGAAAAUCGGUCUUUGGUAUCACAGCUAAGAGAUGAACACAUUAUAGCAUAUGAGACUACAAAAUCAAAAUCAAAGUCUGGAAAGCCAUCAGAACUUCAUCCAACUUUUGAUGAAAACACAAAAAUCCCAUCCACUGAAUCUAGGCUAUACAGACUGGCAUUGCUUUUGCAGGUCACAGAGCAAGAGCUUGGAGCAGAAUUGGCCUUAAGGGCUUUGGCUAUUGGAAAGGUUGAAAAGGCACUGCAAAUCUGCAGAGAUUUAUAUGAGCAUCACUGUAAUCCCCAAACUGGACAUUUACUAUUUCUGGUUUCACAAAAACUCUCUGACAUGCUAGAAGCAAAUACACCAAUGGUGAUCCCUGCUGGAAUGAACCUUCCUGCUGUUAUCUAUGAAAUGUCCUGCCAGGCUUCCACUAUAUGCAGUCCAGAUCUCCUGUUAGAUGCCUUAGAGCUAUGUAAAUAUACUCAAUUGGCUAUGGAAUUCUACAAACAAUGUCAGAUUGAAGACUAUGGAUUCAUGGCAAAAACUGCCACUUUUGGAGCUGAUAGAGACCAAUACGAAGAGUGGACCUAUGAAGAUUACUUCAGCGAGGAUGGCAUUGUCCUUGAUCCAUUGGUCGUUUUACCAGUUGCCUAUGAUAUAACUACUGCUCUUGUGCCAAGUACUGCAGGUAAAAAGAUGUAUCCUUUGGAUUGUGCGUGUCUGGCAAACUGCUCUUAUGUCAAAGGUAAAAAUUUUCUGCUCCCCGCUAAAACUCCAAUAAGCGCAUUGGUGGAAAAUUUGCAAGAAUGCAGUCAAUGUGAGCUAACUUUAAGACUGGUGAUCAGGACUUUUGGAACAUGCCUUCAGCAUGGGGUGUCAAACAAUAUGGAAAAUCGAUUGAGUGCAAAGUUGUAUGAUGAAAAAGUGCUUGCAGAAACCAAAGCAUUCAUUUUUGCAUUUGGAGAAAAAAUUGCAACUCUGAUAAAGGACACUGCAAUGGCACUUCUGCACAAGGUUUUCAAUUGUCGUGUUGUGGACUGUGAUCUGGCAUUGGGGUACUGUACUCUACUUUCUAAAAGCGAAGUAUUCAAAAAACUGUGGGAUGUUAUAAACAACGCAUGGCAAAAUUACACCAAAAUUCAGGCUGUUGCUGUGGUUGGUGCACAACUUUCUCUACUCUACAAUGAAGAAGAAGAGAAAAUGAAAUUUGAGGAUCUUAUUACUGAUGCAGAGUGGGGUUUACAGCUCAGUAACUUUGGAAUUUCAUUCCAAUCUGUGUUUAGACAACGUUCAGAGAGAAAGAAAGAGUUACUUGGCACUUUAGUCCAGAGUUCACAUGUGGAUACAGCACUCAUACUAAAGUACUGCAGCACAUUCAAGCUGGAUAGUGAUGCUGCUCUCCAACUUUACAUAGAAACACUGCUUCUCUCUGCCUCAAACUUUAAACAUGGGGAGGAUGAUUCCACUAAAGACUUUGUGCAGACCUCAAACUCUGACCCAGUUACAAAAGCAAAGGAGAUUAUUCCUUUGCUGAAGAGUACUCAGCAUCUGGUUGUCAGUUUAAGCGGCAUUCUUGAUAAGCUGGAUCCCUACGACUAUGAAACCAUUGAAGGGGUCCUGCAGGUUAUAAUUGUGGCUGAUGAGAAAAACACCUAUAUCCAGCUGAGCCAGGCCAUAGGUCUAAUAAAUCACUUAAAAUCGUAUAAAAGGAUUGCACCCCCGUCAGAUCUGGAGCACCAGUAUAUUAUGGAACAUGGACUCUCAAUGCCCCCUACUGCACAGACAAGACUUCCUUUUCACUUACUGUUCUUUAAGACAGUAUCAAGUUUUUGGGGAAUUAUAUCUGCAGAACUUAGUGAGGAGUCUUUUCCAACGCUGCUACUUAUUUCAAAAUUAAUGAAGGUUUCUCUAGAUACCUUAUAUAUGAUGGCGUCCAAGCAUGUUUUUGAAAAGAACUUGCGUCCUAAAGCACUGAAACUUAAAAAUGCAGAACACUGCUCUAUCAUUACUAAAGAAACUGCUAGGACUGUUUUAACUAUCCAGUCUUACCUGCAGUCCAUCAGUAAUCCUGAGUGGGCUGCAGCUAUUGCUCAUAAAAUUGCCCAAGAGCUACCAACAGGACCUGACAAAAUUCAUGCGUUAAAAUUUUGCCUUCAUUUGGCCGAAAAGUGGAAAAAAAAUGUUUCAUCUGAGAAUGAUGCACAUGAAAAGGCUGAUGUCUUUAUAAAGAAACUUAGUGUGCAGUAUCAGAGAUCAGCUACAGAGAAUGUGCUAAUCACACAUAAGCUGAACACUCCUGAGCUUUUGAAACAAAUAGGAAAACCAGCCAAUUUAAUUGUGUCUCUAUACGAACACAGCAGCGUGGAACAAAGAAUAAGACAUCCAACUGGCAGAGAUUAUCCAGACAUUCAUACAGCAGCAAAACAAAUAUCUGAAGUAAACAACUUGAAUAUGAGCAAAAUCUGCACUCUACUUCUGGAGAAGUGGAUUUGUCCACCAGCCGUUCCCCAAGCUGAUAAAAACAAAGAUGUAUUUGGUGAUAUCCAUGGUGACGAGGACCUAAGGAGAGUUAUAUAUUUGCUCCAGCCAUACCCUGUGGAUUACAGUUCAAGGAUGCUUUAUGCAAUUGCUACAUCUGCUACAUCUCCCAUUGGUGAUAACCAGUUGACCUAUGCUCACAGAAGUCGAGCACUUCAGUGCCUCAUCCAUUUAGCUGAUACAGAUACUGUGAUUUCACUCAUCAAAAAGCCCAUUGACCAAGUGAAAUAUUAUCUUAAAUGCUGCAUCUAUUUGUCUGAGUUUGAAUUCUUGAACAUCCCAUAUACCCUUGAAUCAUUUCAUAGCAGUCCAAAAGAGGGAAUGAUUAAAGGCUUGUGGAAAAACCACAGUCAUGAACCUAGGGCUGUGAAAUUGGUAACCGAACUUAGUUUGGAAUACAAAGUAUAUGAUCCUCAGCUCUGGGGUGGAUUACUGCAAAAAAUACUUGGAUUUAACUUAAUGCAUUAUCUCAGAAAGGUUCUAGUAGCAAUCUCUGGUGUGCAUUGUCUCUGGGAGAUACCCAACUUCAGCAGAGCUUGGCGAAGUGCUAUUCUGUCACCUUUUGUAACAGCAUCAUGCCCCCCAAGCCCCUCUCAGAUGGAAGAAUGCUAUGAGUGUUUUGUUGUUCUACUUAAGUGUCCCGUAUUAGCUGAUCUGGAUGUUGUCGGUAUUGCCAAGCAGUAUGCACAGAUUGAUCUUCCGGCUUUUACUUUGGGGUGCCUUUUGUUAAUUCCCCACAUGGAAAAGAAGGAGCAACAAAUUCAGGGUUUCCUGUCUACAUGUAAUCCAGAAACUGUUUUACAACAAGUGGCUGACUGCAUGAACACUGGUGAAGUGGCUGGCUUUGCUUCUCAGAUAAGAGACCUGAUAUUAAGCAACAUAAUUGAGAAACAUCAGAUUGAAAGGUUUGUGAAGACUAAGUACUUUAGUAUGUUGAAACGGCAAGCCAUCCAAUCCGACAGAGUGAGAUCUAUUGCAGAAUGCCUUGCAAACACACAUUGCUGGGAUGAGGCUGCCGACCUUGUGAAAGAAUAUCUUAAGUGCCGUGGAAAACCUAUCCAAAAGAAUGCAACUUCAGCUGACACUGUAAAGGCCUUUUUAAAUGAUCAUUCAGAUAUAUAAAUGGGAGUAUAUGUUGGUUAGUCAUCCUGUGACAAGAUGGUC